ACUGAUAAACACAAAACAGGAAAAACUAACAAAAAACACUAAGACAACUGGAGAGAGUGAAGUAAAUAGAUGUACUUGAGUUUUUUUAAUUUAACAGUCAAUUAGUUGUUUAAAUCAUUAAAUAAAUAAAUAUUUACAGUAAUCAUUUAUUUUCCAUACCUUCCUUACAUUUUUAUGAAUCUUGUGUGUUAAUAUCACUACCUCAAAUAGCAUAUUUUUUAAUUAUUUCAGCCAACUAAAAGGCUAGAGUAUUCAGAUGUUCAGAUAAAGGCCAUCUAUGCUGGAUGAACACUAAAGAGCUGAAUAAAGAAACUGAAGUUUCUUUUAAUUAAAUCCUAGUUUGAAAUCAAACAAAAGUUCACAGUAACAAUUGCGCUACAGAAGACCAAAAGUUAACACUUUUCAAUUCUCAUACACUUACUGUAGAGCUAUAUUCCUCUGGGCUCGUCCACAGCUGUUUAGCCCAUCUAAAAUUAACCUCGCUCUCUACUGGACUCUAGUUCCCGAAGCCUUUUUAUGGUCUGAGUGUGCCAUCAGACCUGUAAGGAGAGAGAGAGAGCACAUCUAGGGACCAGGUCAGUCGAUUAAAAUCACAUCGAUUACUCUGUAGAAAUUAUUUAAAACUUCAUGGGAAGUAAUAAGCUUAUGUCUCUGUCCAAGAUCACCCCAAGCCUUUUCCUGAGUGGAGCCGAUGCCCCUCUCAAUCGAGCCCUCAUGACUCGUAAGGGCAUUACCCUCAUUGUAAAUGCCACCCUGUCCCACAGCUGCCCGACAUACCCAGGAGUCGAGUGUGUACGUGUGGCUGUACCUGAUCUUCCCUCUGCACGACUGAGUGAGCACUUUGAACGAGUGGCAGCCCGCAUUCAUAAUAACCAAGCAGGUGGAACAUUGGUGCACUGUGCAGCAGGCAUGAGUCGUUCCCCGGCUCUCGUCAUGGCCUACCUCAUGAAGUACAAAGGAGUGACACUGUGCCAGGCACACAACUGGGUGAGGCAGAGCCGACCCUCGAUUCGCCUCAAUGCAGGAUUCUGGGACCAGCUUCUGGACUAUGAAAAGAGACUUUAUGGGAAGAAUACAGUGAAAGUUGCAGCUCCAGUAGAAGUGCCUAAGAUGCCCAAAAUGAUGCCCAGACACAGUCUGAGAGAGUGUCCAAAAUCGCCAAGGCUGAGCUGGUUUAGACGAUAGGACUGUAAUUUUAUUUUACACUUGUCUGAGUGGCAGUGCCUUCACAUUUUGUAAACAUUUGCUUAUAUAUAGCACUUAAUGAAAUGUUGUGAGGAUAUAUUGUGAUAUUUUACCCAGCUUAUAUUGCUGUUAUAACUUAUAAGCACUUUAAAGAAAAGUGAUGAAAAACAUCACUUCAGCAUGGAGUCGACUCUGAGUCAAAUGACUCGACUACCUGGAAAGAACGUCAUCCAUAAACUUUUUCUAGUAAAUAAUGAAAGCCAAAUAAAUCUACAUCACUGAUACAGUUAA